AUGUAUAACCUCUGUGGGCUUAGCAACCCCAUAUAUGCACAUUUGGCUCGGUACAAGCUCAAAUUUUCACCCGAUAAAGUUGAUACCAUGAUAGUACAAGCAAUAUCCCUUCUUGAUGACAUUGAUAAAGAAUUAAACAACUAUAUUAUGAGGACACGGGAAUGGUAUGGAUGGCAUUUUCCAGAGCUUGAAUUCAAGAAAUUUUCUGAUUCAGCUGAUGCUUUGCAAGCAGGAGUUGCACUGAAUGAAGGUAAAUUAUGUAAACCACUGAAGAAACUCUUGAAGAAGGUGUUUUCACAAGUAUCAAAUGAGGAACUGAUGGUAUGGGAUAAAAAACUUGGAAUUUCAAUUAAGGAGAACUUUGAUGUGCAAUGUGUAACCAACAACACUGUGAGUGAGCUGAUGAGAUGUAUCAAGUCACAAGUGGAAGCUCUCAUCCCAGGCUUGCAGGAGAAAGAACUGGCUGCUAUGUCAUUAGGACUUGGUCACAAUUUGGCUCGGUACAAGCUCAAAUUUUCACCCGAUAAAGUUGAUACCAUGAUAGUACAAGCAAUAUCCCUUCUUGAUGACAUUGAUAAAGAAUUAAACAACUAUAUUAUGAGGACACGGGAAUGGUAUGGAUGGCAUUUUCCAGAGCUUGGUAAAAUCAUCACUGACAAUCAGGUCUAUAUCCGAACAAUAAUGGCAGUGGGUACUAGAGACAAAGCUGUAAGUACAGACUUUUCUGAAAUUCUGCCUGAAGAAAUUGAGGAGAAAGUAAAAGAAGCAGCUGAAAUGUCAAUGGGUACUGAAGUUGCUGAUGACGAUAUCUUAAAUAUCCGCAAUUUGUGCGAACAGGUACUAGAGCUAACAGAGUAUCGUGGUCAACUUAGUGAAUACCUGCAGAAUAGAAUGGUAGCCAUUGCACCCAAUGUCACCAUUUUGGUGGGUGAGCUAGUGGGCGCUCGCCUAAUUGCACAUGCUGGCUCUCUCAUUAACUUGGCCAAGCACCCAUCUUCUACCAUCCAGAUCCUUGGUGCAGAGAAAGCUCUCUUCCGGGCAUUGAAGACUAGACAUGCCACCCCAAAAUAUGGUCUUUUGUACCAUGCACAACUAGUUUCGCAAACAAGUCUCAAAAAUAAGGGAAAGAUGUCUCGUAUGUUGGCUGCUAAGGCAGCACUUGCAUGUCGUUAUGAUGCACUUGGAGAGGAAACUACAACAGAGAUGGGCAUCGAAAAUAGAUCAAAACUUGCUUCAAGAAUAUCCAUGCUGGAGAGUGGAUUUACAAGAAGAAUCUCAGGAACUGGGAAGACUGUGGCAAGACAUGCAAAAUACGAAGGAAUAAGUGAGGUGAAGCAGUAUUCUGCUGCAGCAGAUUCAACAUUAGAGAGCUCAAGCAAGCGGAAGUUUCAAGAGAUGCAGGAGGAACAAACGCCAAAGAGGAUUAAAGUAGAAAUGGCAGAAGAACAGCCAGGAACCUCACAGGCUAGUGGUGAAAAGAAAAAGAAGAAAAAGAAAAAAGAGGUACAAGCAUCAGUGGAGCCAACAGAACCUGAAGCACAAGAAGAGGCUAUGGAGCCACCGAAAAAGAAAAAGAAAAAAAAGAAAGUAGAAAUAGAGUAAAUAAAAAUGUACACAAGCUUAUUUGCAGCCUUGCAUUCUUUAAGAAUUGUGCAACUUUUUUUUAUAUUAAUGAAAUAAAAAAAUUUGGGCAUGGGGAUACAGUAUAAGCAUGUAUAUUACAUAUGUACAUACUGUUUGCAAGAUACAGGAAGGAGAAACAUGGGUUUUAGGGGUUUAAACAUGUGUGUUAUAGGUCAUACAUUAAUUUUUCUUACAAAAAGCUAUUUUAUGAAUACUUGUUUUUGCAUACCUGAUAUGUCUGUAUGUAUCCCUUAAUCUCUAAUAAAUUUAAACUUUUUUUUUU